UUCAGACUUCUGAUGGUAUCUAACUUCUGCUCUUUCUCAUAAGCGCCAUAUUACACCACUCCACUUUUCUGCAACCUGUACACUCAGCACUUACACCUGGUCCAGGUGAAGCUCCCAGUCUAGCCAGUUCCACAUUCAAUCAUCAGAGGACCCAAAUUUCAUGUCUCCAUAUCUGGCUGUAAAACAGCUUUUGGUUGUUUGAUUUUAUAUGAUUUACAAUAUUUAGAUUACGUCAUACAUGGGAGGGGCUGAGCAGGUUAAGUUGUGUGGGUUUAUAUGUGGCAGCAAAAAUCCAGGGAUAUAUGGAACAUAAAAAAAACAAAAAAAAACACAAGCCUGAUUUUCAGCGACAAAAAUCUCACAUCAUAAAGGAAUUGUUUGGUCGUGAGAUGAGAUCAGACAAUGAUCAGAUCAGAGAUCAGAGAAUGUAUUAGUGUGUAUAAUGUGUGUUAUCUGUGGCCAGUUUAGUGCUGCUGUGAAAAAGACAGCUGACGACAAAUGACUGUCAGUGUGAGAAAUUAGUGAUUAAAAUCAGAGUGAGCGACGUUCUUCUAGAAUCCACCGACAGAAGGACAGCAAACGCACAGCACAGUAGUGGCGAUGCAGAAAGACUCGAUAUCUCCGGCUUACUUUGAAGAAUGUUCGGGUUCAUGCGAGCCCGUUUCUGCACGAGCUGAUUUCCGAUGACGGGAGCAGAACGUGGUGAUUUUCUUUAAUCGCAGAUCUACCGUUAGAGGAUCUUCAUGGUGUAAUCUGACACGGAGAACACACUUUACAGGUAAACCCACGAGUUACUGUGAGAUGAUGGGCCGAGCUGAUAUCUGGUUAAUCAGAGCUUACUGGGACUUUGAGUUCCCACGACCUCUCCUACCAAACUUCAUCUAUGUUGGAGGACUGCACUGUACUCCUGCUGAACCUUUACCAAAGGAUAUGGAGGAGUUUGUACAGAGCUCUGGAGAUGAUGGUGUUGUGGUGUUCACUUUGGGAACGCUGAUCACAAACCUCACCAUGGAGAAGUCCAACAUGAUCGCCUCAGCUCUCGGACAGAUCCCUCAGAAGGUGGUGUGGAGUUACCGAGGAGAGAAGCCAGACACUCUGGCUCCAAACACCAGGAUUUAUCGCUGGAUUCCUCAAAACGAUUUACUGGGUCAUCCCAAAACCCGAGCGUUUGUCACCCAUGGUGGCUCGAACAGCCUGUAUCAGGCCAUUUACCACGGCGUGCCCAUGGUGGGGAUCCCGCUGUUCGCCGAUCAGCCGGACAACAUGGUGCACGUGCAGGCUAAAGGCGUGGCCAUCGUCCUGGACUUCAGCAGCAUGCAGACGCAGGACCUGGUGGACGCUCUUACAGCCAUCGUCUAUCAACCAGAGUACAAGGCGAGCGCCCGGCGUCUGUCCCAGAUCCACCACGAGCGUCCCGUCAAACCUCUGGACGAGGCAGUGUUCUGGAUCGAGUACGUGAUGAGGAAUAAAGGUGCUAAACACCUGCGUGUAGCUGCUCAUCACCUCACCUGGUACCAGUACUACCUGCUGGAUGUGCUGAGCUUCUUCAUCCUCAUACUCGCUCUAAUCCUCUACAUCUUUAUCAAAAUCUGCAGAGUCGGCCUCUGGCUCAUCAAAUCAACACUAAAUCACAAAAGAAAGUUAGAGUGACGCUCCUCACGUGUCUGUCUGUGUGUGUCCUUUACCUCAUUCACACGGUGACUCAUUUACCGUGUUCGAUUACAGUACACACAAUCACACAAUAUUAAACACUGUUUAACACUUUAACAUUUUAUCACAAUUAUGCCUUUUUUUUCUUUUUGCAUUCUCUUUUUCUGCAUUUGUGUCCACUUCGUCAUCCACGGUGUAGUAAUAUCACAAGCAAAAUGUUUUUUGUUUUCUGAAUUUUGAAGUAAAUGUAAAGAUGAAUUUCAAAUUCGAAUGAAAAAUAUUUAUAAAUGUCUGGAAUGAAACUGACUUUUUUUUUUUUUUUGGACUAAAGUCUAUUGUAUAUGUUUUGUGCUUCUUUUUCUCUUUAUUGCUACUCCUGUUCUUUUUAUUAUUCUUACCGUAAAGAAAUAAAGCAAGACCAUUGUUUUGCGUGAAUAUUUAUCAUUCCUGCUCCAGACACGUUUCAGGGUGUAUGCCUGCCUCAGGCUGGUCUGUCUGAGGUGAGAUGGAUGAUCUAACAUGUCUGCUGUUUAACUAGUGUAAGCAGCUAGCUAAACAAUGUGCAGCCUAAAUAAACUAGAUCUCAAAUCCCCA